CUAUAUCUGUUUGGAAUGCAGGACUAGCAGUUAAAGGUAUAGGUACACUGAUAUGUGUUAGAAUCUCACCUAUAUCUGUUUGGAAUGCAGGACUAGCAGUUAAAGGUAUAGGUACACUGGUAUGUGUUAGAAUCUCACCUAUAUCUGUUUGGAAUGCAGGACUAGCAGUUAAAGGUAUAGGUACACUGAUAAAUGUAUGUGUUAGAAUCUCACCUAUAUCUGUUUGGAAUGCAGGACUAGCAGUUAAAGGUAUAGGUACACUGAUAAAUGUAUGUGUUAGAAUCUCACCUAUAUCUGUUUGGAAUGCAGGACUAGCAGUUAAAGGUAUAGGUACACUGAUAUGUGUUAGAAUCUCACCUAUAUCUGUUUGGAAUGCAGGACUAGCAGUUAAAGGUAUAGGUACACUGAUAUGUGUUAGAAUCUCACCUAUAUCUGUUUGGAAUGCAGGACUAGCAGUUAAAGGUAUAGGUACACUGAUAUGUGUUUGUAUUGUAUGCAGGCAACACUCUUGUUGUUUGGUAUAUGAUGUUAUUGUUGAGCCCUGUGUUCCUUUCUUUCGACAUCCUUCAGAUAUCUGCUCUUCACUUUGUAAAGUCACUGAAUACUGGAAUAUAGAGGUAUACAGAUAUUAGACUAGAUGUGAGUAGAAAUUAUCUUGAUUUAUGUCAUUCAAUAUUCAAAAUUCAGUCAAAGAGUGAUGUCAUAUUUGAAAUCUACAUGUAAAAGUACAUCUAGAAAUGUGGUUUAGAAAAUUGUUCAUCAACUUUAAAAAUUUUAAAAUGUGACUUCUAUUUCGGGUU